UUAGAAGAGCUAAUCAGGAUUUUCAAAAGCGAGGAUAUCAAAAAAGGGAAAAGUCUUCAAGAUCUUUUAUAUCCCUUGCUGAUUUCGGAAUCUAAGAAGAACGGUGUUUUGCUCAACUCUACGCUGCAAUACCUCCUCGACUUCCCCGACUGGCCACGCACUUUCGUCAGUCAAAGUUUCAGUUUGAGGGAAUAUGAAAACUCGAAGGUCAAAAUAUUAGAAUUUGAUGAUAUGGUAAAAGACUUGAAAAAUUCAUUUGAAAAGGGCCAAGUUUGGCUCAUGAGUUCUGUUGCCGGAGCCGGAAAAUCAACAGUGCUCAAAGAAAUCACUUACCAACUCGGGAAAUCUGACCCUGACUUGAAAAUUUUGUAUAUCUCGCUGAAGAAACAUUCAUUAACCAUUUUGAAAAUUCCCAGACUAAUCCAGUUUCUUGCGCAUGCAACGCUCCAUUCCACAGACGAUAUCAAGAUUUUGAUUGAAGAGAAAAGAGCCGUUGUAUUCUUUGACGGAUUCGAUGAAAUCUGUCCGAUUCUCAGAGAAAACGUUAUCACGUUGUUCCAUUCUUUGAAAGAAAGGCAAGUUCCCAUGUUUAUCGCAACGAGACCCCACGAGGCUGAAAUAAUCAAGGAACGAAUAAAUAGUGAAGUACUUGUAGGGGUUGAACCUCUGAACGAAGAUAAGCAAAUCGAAUUCUUGAAGGUUGUAGCCGGAAAGACCGAAGAAGAAUGCAAACAGUUCAUAUGCGAUUUUGAGGAGAAGGAUAUUUUGGAGAAUCCGUUGCACCUUUCAUUAAUAGCCUCAAGCAAAAGCGAAGGAAAUUUGUAUCAAAUUUAUUCAAAGGUCGUUGAAAAGAAACUUGAGCUCUGCUUAGUGAGGGACGGAUACAACAUUGACGACAGGACAAAUUUCUAUCUAAAGAUGGAAUUGGCUUCCAGCCAUCUUCAACUGAUUGCUUUACGCUUCCUGAAGAAUGAGAACCUGAUUGGACGUGGAAUAAGCAAAGAAGACUUAGAAAAGAUGAACGAUUACGGCGUCGCGACUGUUCUGGACGGAGAAGUCACGUUUUUGCAUCAGACGUUUGCUGAAUUCCUGGCCACAAAGCAAUUCUUGAAGGAUUUUGAUUCGUCACAAGUUUUGGAUUUGGAGCUGUUCCAAGAUUGUACUUCCUCGCAGUGCAGGAAGUUUUUGGACUUAUUCUACUCCACUCUAGACAAAGAGGACACGGAGCAAUUAGAGGAUCACGUGGAAGCUCUUGUAGCUGUCGCCAAAUCGAUUGGUUCUGUUAUUUUCUUGAAAAAGGUUGCUGAGGAUAACCUAAGACAGGUUUUCCGAAUGGUGAAGACCCGAAUUUCAUUUCAUGCAGAAUCAAAUUUGUCCAUUUGCAUGGAAAAAAGCCCAGAACUGUUGAUGAGUGCAAUCAGCAAUGAAGAAAUCGCCGUUCAACUGCUGGAUAUGGGAGUUCUUGAUAAAACAGGCUUGGAAAAAAUUCUGCCUGACUUGCUGAGGAAAAUUGAGGAGAAUAAUGCGGUUAUCAUCCUGGAGAAACUGAAAGUAGAAUUUUCGGAUCUACCAGAUUUGAUUGAUGACUGCUACUCCAACGAAUCUGAAUCAAGGAAAAGCCUGAUGAAAGUAGGAUUUACAGCAAUUCGAAAAGAUUUUGAUUUACUUCUCGACUUGCUUAUCCAGAAUCGAAUUCGUGCUGUUGAUGCAUUUGAAGAAGAAGAAAACAGUCUCUUUACGGCGUGCAGAUAUGGAAGUGUCAAGUGCGUGAGAGUCCUCCUAAAACACGGAGCUCAAGAAGCGAUUUAUGGUAUUACUCGCUAUGAUCCACUGAAUGUGGCCACAGAAUUUGGUCAUUUGGACAUGGUUAAAUUCCUUAUGGAGGAAAAACCAAGCGUAUUCAAGCGAGAUGAAACUACCUUGGUUCUCGAUGGGCUGCGAGAUAUUUGGAAUCCGUUCCAAUAUGCUGUGAUGUACGGACGCAAAGAAAUUGCCAAAUUUUUGCUAUCAAAGUGUCCAGCUUUGAUUGACAUAAGAACGAAGGAUGGAAAAACCCCUAUGCACUUGGCAGUACUUCUGAGAAAGUGGGAAGUACUGGAAUGGCUUGCGCAGAUACCAAACAUCGAUAUCAAAUCUUUGAUCCCGGACGGAGAUAGAAAAAAUUGGACUCAAUUUGAGAUUGAAAAUCACGAGCAUUUCUUGAUGCUUCAAGUUGGAGUCAAAGAAAAGGACAAACAGGGGAGAACGGUCCUUCAUUACGCUGCAAAAUACGGUUAUACUGAUCUCGUUGCCAAGUUCCUCAAGGCCGGUGCUGACAUCGAAGCCACGGACGCUAACGGCUGGAACGCAUUACAUUUUGCAUGUCUCAAAGACAAAAAUAUUGAGACAAUUAAACUACUAAAUUCUCGGAGCAAACACCUUGCCAAGACUCUAACAAGAGAAGAACAAACCGCAUUGCAUAUUUUGGUUGAGAAUUGUGACAUAAAUGAUUUUGGAAGAGCUAUUUCGAGGAAUUUAGACAUUGCAAGGUAUUUGUUUGAAGACGCUGGAGUUGAUUUAAGUAUCAGGAACGGCGAAACUAAUAUGGCUGCUAGAGAAGCUGCUGAAAGAGGACUAGACAAAUCAUUAACCAUGUUUCUAAGAGCACAAUACAUUGAUCCCACUGCACAGAAAGACUUAAAGAAUUCAUCAUAUUAUUCAGCAUCAGAAACUGGUGGUUUACUGUCCCUCCAGAAGUGGAUUCAACAAGGUGGAGAUUUUACAAUGAGAGAUGAGCAUGGACGAACGGCAUUGCAAUUAAUAGAAGAGAAAGGAAAGUUUAGAUUAUCACUGAAGAAGAACGAACACGAACGUAAUGUACAGUUCUCAGAAAAAAAGAGUGAUAGCUCGCUCUUGCUUGCCUGUAAACAAAAGAAGUGGGAUAAGGUUAAAACCAUGCUCAACACAAAAAUUUUGAGCAUGAACAGGCAAGACAAAGAUGGAAGAACAGCUCUACACUAUGCUGCAGGAGAAGGAAAUUUGGGAAUAGUUCAAAAAAUGCUUAACCAAAAAGCUGAUGUGAGUUUGAAGGACCACAAUGGAUGGACUGCGUUGCAUUACGCUAUUCUAUCGAGACAUCAAGAGUUGGUUCAAAAGUUACUCGAAAGUGGUGCUAAAAUCGAUUCGAAAACUACGAGAGGAGAAACAGCUCUGCACCUCACAGCCUACAAAGGCUAUACAGAAUUAUCUCGAAAAUUGAUAGAGUGCGGAGCGGACGUAAAUUCAAAGAACAAACAUGGUUUGACAUGUGUAAACAUCGCCACAGUUAAUAGAAAUCUGGAUUUAUUGGAAGUUCUAUUGGUAAAUAAUGCUGACGUAAAUGCUGAAUAUCAGUUUUUGGGAAAUACCCCUCUUCACCACGCUGCAUUAGAAAACUAUCCUGAAAUUGUGGAAAAGCUAGUCGAUUACGGCGCAGAUGUCAAUUUGCAAGAUAAAAAAGGAUGGACAGCUCUGCACUUUGCUGCAAGGUAUUGUCCAGAACUGAUUCAAAAGCUGCUAGACCACGGUUCCGAUUUAACUUCUAAUGAACAGCAGGAGUGGAGAGCUCUGAACAUUGCUGCAGAGCGUAAUCAACAACUAAGUCAAAAGCUGUUAGACCAUGGUGCUGAUGUGAAUUUAAAAGAACAAUAUGGAUGGACAGCUUUACACUUUGCUGCAAGGUACAAUCCAGAACUUAUUCAAAAGCUGCUUGAGCACGGUGCCGAUGUAAAUUUAAAAACGAAACAUGGAUGGACAGCUCUGCAUUUUGCUGCAAAUUUUUUUCCAGAAAUGAGUCAAAAGCUGCUCAAUCACGAUGCUGAUAUAAAUUCAAAAGAUAAUGAUGGAUUGACUCCUCUGCACGAAGCUGCAAGAUAUAAUCCAGAACUGAUUCAAAUGCUGCUUGACCACGGUGCUGGAGUCAACUUGGCAGAUAAUGAUGGAUGGACAGCUCUGCACUACGCUGCAAGGUAUAAUCCAAAACUGAGUCAAAAGCUGCUAGACCAUGGUGCUGGUGUAAACUUGGCAGAUAAAGAUGGAUGGACAGCUCUGCACUUUGCUGCAAGGUAUAAUCCAGAACUGAUUCAAAAGCUGCUUGACAACGGUGCAGCUGUAAGUUCAAAAGAACAAGAUGGAUGGACAGCUCUUCACUUUGCUGCAAGGUAUAAUCCAGAAUUUAUUGAUAAGCUUCUUGACAACGGUGCCGAUGUAAAUUCAAAAGAACAAGAUGGAUGGACAGCUCUUCACUUUGUUGCUAGGUAUAAUCCAGAAUUUAUUGAAAAGCUUCUUGACAACGGUGCCGAUGUAAAUUUAAAAACACAAGAUGGAUGGACAGCUCUUCACUUCUCAGCAAAGCAUAAUCCAGAACUGAUUCAAAAGAUCCUUGACCACGGUGCUGAUGUAAAUUCAAAAAAACAAGAUGGAUGGACAGCUCUUCACUUUGCUGCAAGGUAUAAUCCAGAAUGUAUUGAAAAGCUUCUUGACCACGGUGCCGAUGUAAAUUUAAAAACACAAGAUGGAUGGGCAGGUCUUCACUUUGCUGCUAGGUACAAUCCAGAACUUAUUCAAAAGCUGCUUGAGUACGGUGCCGACGUAAAUUCAAAAGAACAAGAUGGAUGGACAGCUCUGCACUUUGCUGCAAGGUAUAAUCCAGAAUUUAUCGAAAAGCUUCUUGACAACGGUGCCGAUGUAAAUUUAAAAACACAAGAUGGAUGGGCAGCUCUUCACUUUGCUGCAAGGUAUAAUCCAGAAUUUAUUGAAAAGCUGCUUAAAUACGGUGCCGACGUAAAUUCAAAAAAACAAGAUGGAUGGACAGCUCUGCACUUUGCCGCAAGGCAUUAUCCAGAACUGAGUCAAAAGCUACUAGAUAAUGGUGCUGAUGUAAAUUCAAAGAUUCGUUCUGGAUGGACUCCUCUGCACUUGGCAGCCAGGAAUUUUCCAAAAUUAGUUAAGAAGCUGCUCUACCACGGCGCUGAUGUGAAUUCAAAGCAAGGAAAUGGAUGGUCAGCUUUGCACUUCGCUGCUAGGUAUAACCCGGAAUUAUUGGAAACGCUGCUCGACCACGGCGCUGAUGUGAAUUCAACACUCAAAAAUGGAUGUACUGCGCUGCACCUGGCUAUAGAAAUGAACUGCCCAGAAUCAGUGCAAAAGCUUCUCGUGAAGGGCGCUGAUGUUAAUUUACAAAAUGGCGAUGGAUUCACCGCCCUUCAACUAGCCAAAGCAUGGAAAUAUCGAGUACUGGAGGAAUUGCUCCUUGACGAGAGAAUUAUUUGUAAUAAUUUAAAACCCACGACAGCUCCUUCAGCUCUACAACUUGCCAUCGCUUCAAAUAACUUGAAAGAGACCGAAAUUCUUAUGAAUAAUGGCAAUGAUUUUUCUCUUUUGAACAAGUACGAAAGAAGCAUUUUACAACAUGCAUUGAAGAACUUUGAAAUGGUAAAAUUGUUGCAUGAGAAGAAAGGUGAAUUAUUGAGACAAGUGACAAACGAUGGAAGCACUUCCCUUCACCUUGCCAUUGAAAACGAUGACUGUCCCUUUGAAGUGUUCCAAUGGCUCAUCGAAGAAUUAAAAAUAGAUGUGAAUGCAUCGAAUGAACUCGGUCAAACGGUUUUCAUGAUUGCUUGUGGUAAGAAUCGAAAAGACGUCAUCGAAUAUUUGUUGGCAAAUAAGAGCAUCGACUUAAGCAAAGAAGAUUUAGGUGGGAGGACUGCCCUGCACCAUGCUGUCAGAUCAGGAAGUGUGGAUUUAGUGCAAUAUCUGCUUGAUCAUGGCGCAGAUUUGACAAAAAAGGACAAUGUACACAGAAAUGUAAUGUUCUAUGGAUUGAACAGUUUGCAAAUGAUUUUAUGUCUUAACAAGAAAAACAUUGAAUUUGUUAACGAAGUGGACACGGUUCAAAACACUUUACUUAUUUAUGCGAUCGAAUUUAGUUAUAUGGUUGAAGGGGAUGUUUUUCAUUGGCUAAUCGAGGAAUCCGGAAUCGAUCUAAAUGCCGUGGACGAAGAUGGGAAUUCAGCAAUAAAUAUUGCCUGCAAGAAGAGAAUGUGGGAUAUUGUCGAUACUUUGUUGACGAAGGAUGUGGAUGUCCGAGCCAAAGAUGAAAAUGGAAAAAACCUUCUCCACUAUGCCGCAGAGUCAGGAAACUCAGAUUUGGCGCAGAAGCUGGUCAAACGUGGUCUCAAUCCGUCUUUGAAAGACAAUCUCGGAAAGAAUGCGUUGCACUACGCAUUGCAACACUUGGACAUUGUCAAAAGUUUGAACAGAGCGCUGGUGAAGGAAUUGACCAAAGAUAAAAACACCUCGUUGCACCUUGCAAUCGGGAUGUUUGAAUAUUCGAUUGAUGUGAUUCGCUGGCUCAUAGAUGAAGCUCAAGUAGACGUGAACGCUAAAAACGAAAAUGGUGAGACUCCGUUGAUGACAGCUUGUUCAAAAAAUAGAUUUGAAGUCAUCCAAAUUCUCCUUGACAACAAAGCAGACGUCAGCAAUCAGGACACCAAAGGAAGAACUGCUCUGCACCACGCCGCAAGAUCGGGACACUUUGACUUAAUUAAACGGCUGUUUGAUCAUUUGGCCCUGAAGGAGGUCGAAGAUGGCUCGUCGAACAUCCAACAGAGUCUCGUUGAGCUCGUCAAACAAGUUGACAAGGAAAACAACACAUUGUUAAUCUUGGCGAUGGAAGGAAGCAAAAAGGUAGACAAGAAGGUGAUUAGCUGGCUUAUCGAUGACAUCAAAUUAGAUUUGAAUGCAGUUAAUUGCAAAGGCAAAUCAGCGCUUCUUCUUGCUUGCAAGCACAGUAAAUGGGACGCCAUUGAUAUUUUGUUGGCCAGAGCAGACACUGACAUCGGCUCUAAAGAUAAAAAAGAAAGAACUCCUUUGCACUGGGCAGCAGCGACUGGAAACCUGGGAUUAGUUCAGAGACUGGUCGAGCGUGGCGCUGAUUUGACUUUGAAGGACAGCGACGGAAUGAACGUGACGCACCAUGCCCUGAACGACAUCGAAACGGUCAAAUUCCUUCACAAUCUGAACAAAGGGCUUGUGAAAGAAAUUACUAAAAAAGGCAACACUUGUUUGCACCUGGCAGUCAUUCGCGGCAUAACCAAAGUGAUUCGUUGGCUCGUUGAAGACGAAAUCAAAGUUGAUCUGGAAAAAAGCAAUGAGCUUGGUUUGACCGCUCUUUUGCUUGCGUGUCGCAGAAAUAUGUGGGAGGUCGUCGAGUUAUUGGUGGACAACAACGUGGACAUUACCAAACCAGACCGAGCGGGUAAAACCGUUCUCAACUACGCUGAAGAAUCAGAACAUUUUGAAUUGGUGGAAAAACUGCGUGUGUUAAACGAUGCAAAUAAGUGAUUUGAUUAUUUUUUUUCAACUUGAAAGAGAAAAAUAAUAUUUUUUAGCUUAUCCGUCGACCUUCAUAUAAAUAUAAACUUCGUGUUUUUAUCGUGUUAUAAAUAACUAAAAAUAUUGUAUCUUUUUGUUAGGCUUUUAUAAAGUUUGAUGUGAAAUAUUAAAUUCUUUAUAAAAACUUUGGUUUUUUAUUUUAAAAACAACUUCAACACUUGAAACAAAUAAAAAUGAUGCCUCAC